AUGGUGAAGAACAGAGACAACCUGAAAUUCCUGCGUUACACAGACGAAGACACACAACAACAUGGUUUCCUCCAGUACACGGGGGAGACAGUGAUCAGCCCUCACGCCAGGUUCGAAGUCCAACAGUCCAGGACCGGGGGAGGUUUGGUCCAUCUCAGGUGCGCCUACAACAACAAGUACUGGGUGCGAACCUCCGAAACCGAGCUGUGGUUCGCCGCCGCGGCCGAUGCCUCCGAGGAGGAUCAGUCCAAGUGGUCAUGCACGCUCUUCAGGCCCGUCAUCGCCGGCGCCGUGAACAACGACCACGGCAGCCAGAACCUCCUCCUCCGCUUCCUCCACGUCCAGCUCAACCGGUACGUCAGCCUGAGCCAAGCCCCCGCUCCCAUGGCCAACUUCGCCGUGGCCGGAUCGUCUCCGUCCGACCCCACCAACUGGAGGGACAUGUGCGAGGUCCUCAACUGCGAAUCCCUCCUCGUGCUGCCCUGGCACGUGGCGUUCAAGGGCGACAACGAGAGGUUCCUCCGCGCUCGCGUGAUCGAGAGGUUCAACUACCACGAGUUCGCGGGCACCACCAUCAGCGAGGCCCAGGCGGGGAACGAGGUGUUCCAGAGCCCGGACGGGAGCGUCCGCAUCCGGUCGAACCACUACGGCCGGUUCUGGAGGCGCAGCCCCAACUGGAUCUGGGGCGACUCCACGGACGCCACGCCCAACAACCGCGACACCGUGUUCUGGCCCGUGAGGGCGGCGCGGGGCGGCCCCAACGUGGUCGCGCUGCGCAACGCGGGGAACGACCGGUUCUGCAGGCGCCUCACGACCGAAGGCAAAACAAACUGCCUCAACGCCGCGGACGAAACCCUAACGGCGUUGGGGGUGCUGGAGGUCGGGGAGUGGGUGAGGAAGAGGAGCAUUUCGGACGUCCAGUUCAACCUCCUGGACGCCCGCAUCUACAACCAGACCCCACGAACCCUGGCCCGAACCGUCGUGAACAACGACUCCUCCCAAACCAACACGCCCGUCAUUAGGUUCCGGUUCCGGAACACGAUAAGCCGGCACUGGCAGAGCACCGUGUCCUUCAGCUACGGCCUCUCCUCCACGGUGUCAGCCGGCAUCCCGCUGUUCACGAACGCGUCACUUACGGUUCAGUGGGAGGCGUCGUCUGAAUACGCGUGGGGCCAAACAAUCGAGACAUCCGAAGAGCAGGAGCAGGAGUACCCGGUGACGGUGGGUCCCUAUACCAGGGCGACCAUCACUUUUCAGGCAACGGAAGGGUUUUGCGACGUCCCUUUCUCCUACACUCAGACGGACGAGCUCUUCGAUGACAGGAUCGUUACUACCCGAAUGCACGACGGACUCUACACCGGCGCUAAUCUCUACGAAUACACGUGGACAAACACCGAGGAGAGUCUCACCCCCGACGAGAUCAAUAAGCUCGCCCAGGAAGAGGAGAGGGUGGGGAAGAAGAAGAAUAAGAAGGAUGUGGAGCUCAAGGUGGAGCUGGGGGAGGCCGAGAUCGUCGAACGCAAGGAGGAGGAAGAGGACGUGAUCGAGAAGCUCGACUACGACAACAAAAAAGAAGAAUGA